GGGACCAACCUGCGUCUCUAUCCAUUUUCCCGUCUUACACACACCCAAAACAAGACUUAAAGGACCACAAUCAUGACGGACUCCAAAUAUUUCACGACAAACAAAAAAGGAGAGAUCUUUGAACUGAAGGCGGAGCUGAACAAUGAGAAGAAGGAGAAGAGAAAAGAGGCAGUAAAGAAAGUCAUCGCUGCCAUGACUGUGGGAAAGGAUGUCAGCUCUUUGUUCCCAGACGUGGUGAACUGCAUGCAGACGGACAACCUGGAGCUGAAGAAGCUGGUUUAUCUCUACCUGAUGAACUACGCUAAGAGCCAGCCGGACAUGGCCAUCAUGGCCGUCAACAGCUUCGUCAAGGACUGCGAGGACCCCAACCCUCUGAUCCGCGCUCUGGCCGUCCGCACCAUGGGCUGCAUCCGAGUGGACAAGAUCACGGAGUACCUGUGUGAGCCGCUGAGGAAAUGCCUGAAGGAUGAAGACCCGUACGUGAGGAAGACGGCCGCCGUGUGCGUGGCUAAGCUUCAUGACAUCAACGCCCAGAUGGUGGAGGACCAAGGCUUCCUGGACUCACUGAGAGAUCUGAUCGCUGACUCAAAUCCUAUGGUUGUGGCUAAUGCAGUCGCUGCCCUGUCGGAGAUCAGCGAGUCUCAUCCCAACAGCAACCUGCUGGAUCUCAACCCUCAGAACAUCAACAAGCUGCUGACGGCCCUCAACGAGUGCACGGAGUGGGGACAGAUCUUCAUCCUGGACUGUCUGUCCAACUACAACCCCAAAGAUGAGAGGGAGGCCCAAAGCAUCUGCGAGCGCGUCACUCCCCGUCUCUCUCACGCCAACUCCGCCGUCGUGCUGUCGGCCGUCAAGGUUCUGAUGAAGUUCUUGGAGCUGCUGCCGAAGGACUCCGACUACUACAACACCUUACUGAAGAAGUUGUCUCCUCCUCUCGUCACCUUGCUCUCCGGAGAGCCCGAGGUCCAGUACGUCGCUCUGAGGAACAUCAACCUCAUCGUCCAGAAAAGGCCCGAGAUCCUGAAGCAGGAGAUCAAAGUGUUCUUCGUCAAGUACAACGACCCGAUCUACGUGAAACUGGAGAAACUGGACAUCAUGAUCCGCUUGGCUUCUCAGGCCAACAUCGCCCAGGUGCUGGCUGAGCUGAAGGAGUACGCUACGGAGGUGGAUGUUGAUUUUGUGCGUAAGGCUGUACGAGCCAUCGGACGCUGCGCCAUCAAAGUUGAGCAAUCAGCCGAGCGCUGCGUCAGCACUCUGCUGGACCUGAUCCAGACCAAGGUCAACUAUGUUGUUCAGGAGGCCAUCGUCGUCAUCAGAGACAUCUUCCGCAAAUACCCCAACAAGUAUGAAAGCAUCAUCGCCACUCUGUGUGAGAACCUGGACUCUCUGGACGAACCCGAUGCUCGAGCCGCCAUGAUCUGGAUCGUUGGCGAGUACGCUGAGAGGAUCGACAACGCUGACGAGCUGCUGGAGAGCUUCCUCGAGGGCUUCCACGAUGAAAGCACCCAGGUCCAGCUCACUCUGCUGACUGCCAUCGUCAAACUCUUCCUGAAGAAGCCGACGGAGACUCAGGAGUUGGUGCAGCAGGUCCUCAGCUUGGCCACUCAGGACUCUGACAACCCCGACCUGCGCGACAGAGGCUACAUCUACUGGCGCCUGCUGUCCACUGACCCGGUCACUGCCAAGGAGGUGGUGCUGUCAGAAAAGCCCCUGAUCUCAGAGGAGACGGAUCUGAUCGAGCCCACUCUGCUGGACGAGCUGAUCUGCCACAUCGGCUCCCUGGCUUCGGUCUAUCACAAACCGCCCAGCGCCUUUGUGGAGGGUAGCCAUGGGAUCCACAGGAAACAUCUUCCUGUCCAGCACAGCAGCAUCGAUACUGGUGAGAGCCCAGUGAGCGGUGGACCAGCGGCCGCCAUGGAUCAGCCACAUGUCAUCCCGAGCCAGGGAGACCUGCUGGGCGACCUGCUCAACCUGGACCUGGGUCCUCCGGUCAACGUGCCCCAGGUCUCCUCCAUGCAGAUGGGUGCAGUGGAUCUGCUGGGUGGAGGGCUGGACAGCUUGCUGGGGGGAGACCUGGGCGGAGGUGUUGGGGGAAGUCCUGCAGUGGGACAGAACUUCAUCCCGUCGUCUGUCCCCAGUACUUUCGCUCCGUCGCCGACACCCGCUCCUCCGGCCGUCAGCAGCGGACUCAACGAUCUGUUUGAGCUUUCCACAGGCAUGGCCAUCACUACCGGAGGCUAUGUAGCUCCAAAAGCUGUGUGGCUGCCUGCAGUGAAAGCUAAAGGUCUGGAGAUCUCCGGGACUUUCUCUCGUCGUCAGGGUCACAUGUACAUGGACAUGAGCUUCACUAAUAAAGCUCUGCAACACAUGACCGACUUCGCUGUCCAGUUCAACAAGAACAGUUUCGGGAUGAUUCCCACCAGUCCUCUCCCCAUUCACACUCCGCUGAUGCCCAGCCAGAACAUCGAGGUCUCUUUGCCCAUCAACACCAUCGGGCCGGUCAUGAAGAUGGAGCCGCUCAAUAAUCUUCAGGUGGCUGUGAAGAACAACAUCGACGUUUUCUACUUCAGCGUACUCAUCCCUCUCAACAUAUUCUUCGUCGAGGACGGAAAAAUGGAGCGACAGGUGUUCCUCGCUACCUGGAAAGACAUUCCUAAUGAAAAUGAGCUUCAGUACCAGAUAAAGGAAUGCCACCUCAAUGCAGACACGGUAUCAGGGAAGCUGCAGAAUAACAACAUCUACACCAUCGCUAAGAGGAACGUAGAAGGUCAGGACAUGCUCUACCAGUCCCUCAAACUCACCAACGGCAUCUGGAUCCUGGCCGAGCUACGCAUCCAACCCGGAAACCCCAACUACACGCUCUCUCUCAAGUGUCGGGCCCCCGAGGUUUCUCAGUACGUGUACCAGAUGUACGACUCCGUGCUGAAGAACUGACCUGCUGUACCACUUUUAGCGUCUACUGCAUCGCCAUGACGACAAACAGCAAACAGCAGCAUUUUAUCAUUUUUUUCCUUUUUCACCUAGCGGAAAAAACCGCCAAAAUAAAAGAA